AUGGGAAAGGGAAAGCGCAAGGGGAGGCGCAAAGCAAAACAGCGGAGAGUAUCCGGUGGCAGAGAUGAAGAUCCAGCCCAACCUCUACAUUAUGCGCUGCCGACACCGCCCCUCGAGAACUUUCCCAUCAUAUUCCAACAACGCCGAAACAUCCAACUCGGGGUCGAAAACAAAUCUCAUGUCACGGGUCGAGCAGAGUCCGGUGAAGACGACAUCGACGAUGUGGUCCGAAUCUUCAUGCGCGAGCCUGAAGAAUCAGAGGGCUGCCUGCCACGAGCCGACAAAGUUGAGGAAUUCUGCUUUGGAAUGAGCACCGAUGCUCUCCGAAAAGCCCACUGCAACCCAGAUGGAACGUUGCGAAGGAUCGCUUGGCUGGAUGAUAGGAAUUUGGAUGGUCCGCUCAUCCAGUCAAGAGCACGCUGCAAGCCUCUGACGGUGUAUGAGCUCCUGAAAGAAUUGGAAAAGCCUCGAUUUCCCUCAGCAUGCCCUGCCACUUCUCUAGCUACCACGACAGGCCGAGCGACUUUGACGGAUGCGGACCGGCGUCUCAUGUUCAUCUCGGAUCUGGAUUGCUACAGCAUCUAUGCCAUUGUGCGAACGGCUUCUACUCACCAAGCCUCUGCUCUCCGGGGCGCUUUGUAUCAUUAUCUGGAGUUUGAACCAUCCUUGGAGUUAGCUGCCAUCACGGAAGGAUUUCCAACGUUCAAACUCGCAUUUCACUUACCAUUCUUCGCCUUAAAGACUUCGAAGACUCCGCAGACGGAUUAUCGCCGGGACCGGACCGGAGACCCCUUACGACGCUCCCGAGACGUUUCGUUCCUCAAUCGGCAGGACGAUGCUUCUCCAAUGUACCUCUAUGAUGUUCAAGCCUCCUGCGUGAUUUCAGGAUUUGACUGGUCGAGGUGGGAUGCCAAGUUCUUCAUGGACACCUACUAUUUCGAUUCAGAAGACCCUUCCAAGGAGGACAUAUGGGAAUACCGCGAAGACGGACUUUCUGCGGGAGGCAUGUGUGCAGAUCCGCUCACAUAUGGGCUUGUUGAUGCAGACAUGCCAAUCUGGGAUCCUCAAGAAUAUUUUUUGAAGGUAUUCCAACCCCGCUUUGCGCAAGCAUUACGAGAAUGGAGGAUGGUGGUGAUGACGUUGAAAAAAAGCUUCAAGCACCAUCAAUCGACGAAUGAAUAUCGACUCCACUGUCCACUAUCCGGUGAUCCCUCAAAGGACAAGACUCACACCAAAGGCCUUCGCCGUUCUCUCGACUGGGUGCUGUUGUUUAUGGACCUCGCAAAGGAGUUGAACGAGACCCUGUCCAAGACACUCAGAAGCUACGAACCCUUUUGUUCAAAGCGAGCUGCCAAUUGUGUUGGUGGACUCAGUUUUCCACCUGCGAACAAGUCGCUUCCUUCGAUCCAGAAUACUUUCGAUGAGUUGUGCCAACAUAAAGAGACCCUGGACCAUCUCCUGGAUCGCUGCGAUCAACGUACCAAACAGCUCCGAUACCAACUCGACCUCGAAGUUCGGGAAAUAGGCGAUGAACACAUAAGAAUCGCCCUCGAAGCCAAUAGGAUAGCAGAGGUCAACACAGGGCUUGCAUGGAUCAUGAUAAUUUUCGUGACGCCGGUGGCGCUGUCGUCGAGCGUAUUCUCCAUGCAGUCCAAAGUCAUUUCUUUCAUUCCUCCAACGUUUGGAUCGUUUCUGGCCUUAAGCAUCAUGCUCUCUUUCCUGGGUUUUCUCAUCCGCACGAUGUGGUUUUGUUGGCCUCAAGCGAAGGCCAUAGCCUGGCAAUAUUGUUGUGCUUUGUUUGGCUUGUUGCGGAGGCCCCGAUUACUGAGGAAUGGCCCGUUGGAUGAAGAAGCCGGCAAUCCAGCUACGGCAGCGAACUUAUCCGUCUGA